CGCGCAUGCGCAGGAAGCCUGACUCGCUUGCCAACAAAUACAUACACGUGCGAACAGGUUGUGUCAGGUCAAAUGCGAGUUAACGCGAGCAGAUGCGAUUAAAGCCCGUACGCAGCGAUACGGAUUGUCAAGUAAACGUGGACCUUGAAAGAGCGUGCAACAAGCAUGAACGAAACGCAGGGAAAAACCACCGAAGAAGAUGAAAUUAAUCUUUUCAACCCUGCUAUAUUAGAUAGAUUGUCGAUAUCGCCUGUCGUUGGAUUGCUCAUAAGACCAUUAAGAAGCACAGAUUAUGACACAGGUUUUUUAGUUCUCUUAUCUCAAUUGACAGAUGUUGGAAAUGUUACCAAGGAACAAUUCUUAAAUAGAUUCUACAGCAUGAAGAGUACUGGCGGUUACUAUGUUGUAGUUAUUGAGGACACAAAUUCUGGAAAAGUAAUUGCAUGUGCAACAUUAGUUGUAGAGCAGAAGUUUAUUCAUAAUUGUAGCUUGAGAGGACGUUUGGAAGAUGUAGUGGUUAACAAUAAUUAUAGAGGUAAAUCAUUGGGGAAACUAGUGGUGACAAUAAUAAUGCAAUUAGCACGCUAUUUUCACUGUUAUAAGUUGUCUUUGGAUUGCAAAGAUCAUCUAGUGCCAUUCUAUGAAAACAUAGGUUUUAAACAAGAAAUUAACAAUUCAAAUUAUCUUAAUAUGCGUUUUCACUAUGAAAACGCUACUGAACAAUCGCAUUUAUAGUAAUUGAGUUAUCUUAUCUGACAAUAAUGCCAAUUUACCACUCAAAAUACUUGUCAAAUAUUUGACGUUUAUGAAUAGAAAAUACAAAAAAAAUUAUUUAUAUUCUUGAAGAUAUUAGUUUUGGAAGUGAGACAAGAUUAAAAUACUACAAUUGAUUUCUUCCAAGAAAAAAAAUCUCAUUA